UGUCUGAAAAUUCUUUCUACAAUCGGAUGUCACUUUACACUUAUGUCAUUUGUGGUACAUAAUAUUGUCAAAUCAGGAAUAUUUACGUCAGCCACGUUGGAAGUGCCAACACGGUGUUUUUAUGUUGUUUUAGUGAGUUCAGUGCACCAAAAUGAAGAUCAAAGAGUUAAAACGGACGGUGAACAUGAGCUGGUCGCCAGCGGAGCUCUAUCCCUCUAUGUUGGUUACCGGCUCUGCGGCACAGCAAGUUGACGCUUCCUUCAGCUCUAAUGCUAGCUUAGAGUUAUAUUCUCUUAAUCUUGGUGACCCUACCUAUGAUUUGGAACUUAAAUCUAGUAUGCAAACAGAACAUAAAUUUCAGAAAUUAGUGUGGUCGGGCGCUGGAGUGAUUGUUGGUGGAUGUGAUGGUGGACUGUUGGAGUUUUAUAAUGCGGAGAAACUUCUCAAGAACUCCUCAGAAGCCUUUGUUGGUAGCAGUACUAAACAUACAGGCCAAGUGUCGGCGCUGGAUAUUAACCCCUACCAGAAGAACCUGUUGGCUUCCGGAGCCUCUGACAGUGAGAUCUUCAUCUGGGACCUCAACAACACCAGCCAGCCCAUGGCGCCGGGCGCGAGGAGCGCGCCACACGAUCAUGUUCAGGGUGUAGCGUGGAACCAACAGGUCCAGCACAUUCUGGGUUCGACUUUCGCAACACGAUGUCUCGUUUGGGAUUUGAGGAAGAAUGAACCGAUAAUGAAACUCAGCGACUCCCAGUCCGGUAGUCGUUGGCGCGCCCUGGCCUGGCACCCUCAGGUCGCCACUCAGCUGUGCGUGGCGUCCGACCACGACCACGCGCCUGUCUUACAGCUGUGGGAUCUCAGGUUGGCGGCGUCUCCGCUGGUGACGAUGGAGGGCCACGAGAAGGGCGUGCUGUCCUUGAGCUGGAGCAAACACGACGAGGACCUGCUGCUGUCCGCCGGCAAGGACGGGAGCGUGCGCGUCUGGAACCCUGCCAACACCAAGCCGGGAGGGGAGAUGGUGCUGGAGGUGUGCCGUCAGUCGGGCUGGGUGCUGGACGUGUCGUGGUCGCCGCGGACGCCCGGCCUCCUCGCCGCCGCCUCCUUCGACCAGACCCUGUCAUUGCACACCAUGCAUCACGUGGCACAACCCGCCGCGAUCAGCGCUCAGGGUCAGAGCGACAUAAUGGAUUCUUUCGGUGGGGCGGAGUCGUUCCUGUCCCUGCCGGUGGUGAGUCCGUCCGCCCCGCCGCCCGCCCCCGCCCCGCAGGCUCACAGACCACCCAGAUGGUUGAAGCGACCCGUCCGGGCCAGGUUCGCGUUCGGUGGUAAGUUGGUGUCGUUCGAGCGUUGUCGGCGCGAGGCGGGCGCGCAGGAGACGGUCUACAUCAGUCAGGUGGUGAGCGAGCCGGAGAUCGUGGAGAAGGCGAUGGAGCUGGACAAGGUCAUCGGCCUCACGCUCAGCCAGGAACCCGACGCGACACACCGGCUGGCCGAAUAUUGCCGUGAGAAGGGAGACGCGGCCGUGGAGCAGAGCGAGCGCUACGAGUGGUUCUUCCUACGAGCGAACUUCCUGCCAUCGUACCGGACGGAACUGCUGAAUCUGUUAGGGUUCAAACAGGACGAGAUAUCGUCGAGGUUCAAAGGCCUAGCCGUUAACAACGAGGGCCGAGCAGCGGACGCCCAGGGACUCAGCAGGACGGGCAGCACGGAGACUGAGGCGGAGCUGUCCACCGACACCAGCACAGACCUGUCCGACGCGCAGACCUUGAUAGAGAGGAAGCUGUCUAGUGUGGAGCUGGAGCCGAGCGUGCGGGACGUGGUCAUCCCCAACGGAGACGACCUCACGAGUGAGAUCUGUCGCUCGCUGGUGAUGGGUCAGCUGGAGGAGGCGGUGGAGCUGUGUCUGGAGGACGAGCGGGUCGCCGACGCACUCGUCAUCGCCUCGCUCGGAAGCCAGGAGUUGUUGUACAAGGUCCAGCGGUACCAUCUGUAUCGCACGUGUAACUCGCCCGUGUCGCUGGUGGCGGGCGGUCUGCUAGGCGGGCGGUGGGCGGCGCUGGUGGCGGGCGCCUCUCCCUCGUCCUGGAGGGACGUGCUGGCCGCCCUCCUCACACACUGCCACGGAGAGAGCUUGCAACACUACUGCGAGAUGUUGGGUGACAAGCUAUCAUCGUCAUCCGAGGCGAGUCUUCGGGAGGCGGCCGUACUGUGUUACACGUGUUGUGCGUGCGGGGAGCCGCUGUGUAGACGAGCGCUACGAUCCAGCCGGAGCCCCGCAGACCUGGCGGCCGCCGCGGAGCGAGCGCUGUUGUUGCGUCGGGCAGCCGCGGUCAACGGUUCCGCGGCCGGCGGGUCCGCGGUGCCCGGGGGGUCCUCCGCCGUGGACGUGUUGCUGGAGGAGUACGCAGCGAGGCUCGCGGCUCAGGGCUGCCUGAGGAGCGCCCUGGCCGCACUGCAGGGAGCCAACACUACGCUCAAUGAUAGACUGGAGGUGGCUCUAAGGAUGAAGAAUCAAUAUCACAAUCGUCAGCAGCCGUCCGGCUCCCAGCAGACCGGCCCUCGCUCCCGGACCGUCAGCGGACACACGCACACACAGCCGCGCGGACAGUACACACACACAUACACACACAACGACAGCCACGCCUACAACCAACAUCCGGCCGAGCCGCCCUCAUGGUCUGCUCCGCCUCGACCACUCAGUGCCACUCCACAGCCUGGUGGAAUAUCCGGGAGAUCUAAAUACAAAGUGGAUCCGUCAGUGCAGGCGGCUCCUCUCUACAACCAGUAUAGCUUCAACAACCCCGCUCCCCCGCAGCCGUCAUACGGCUAUAACAGUCCUCUGCCGGAACAGUACGGGUCCGCCGCGCCCGUCAAUAACUUCGCUCCCAUCAACAGACCUAACCCGGUCCCGUUAAACCCGGCUCCACUAAACCCAGCUCCACUAAACCCAGCCCCACUAAACCCAGCCCCGCUCAGCCAGCCUCAGCCUGAGCCCAUGUCCAUGUCUCAGUACGCUCCCCCCCGGCCCGCCGCCCCCGGCUGGAACGACCCCCCGAUGGUCACCAACACGCAUAAGUUCGAUGUCGGCGACAUGUCGGCCUCCCACGCCGGCACCAGGCACUGGACACAGCUCCUACAGAGUAGACGGUCGGAUGAGCCAAAGCAAGAAGUUCAGCAGCAGGCGCCCAUAACACAUCCGUUGUUCGGAGUGGAGCCUCCGCAGCACGUGCCUCUGGUGCCGGCCCCGGGACAGAAUCAUUACCAGCCACAGAACCAGUUCCCUCCGGCCCAGUACCCCGGACAGUUCCAAGGACAGUAUCAAGGGCAACCGGCUCACUUCCCGGGACAGCAGGACCAGUUCUCGGGACAACAACCUCCUGACCAGUACCAGCCGCAGUACCCUGGCGGAUAUCAACAGAACUACGUGCAGCAGCUGCCUCCUCAGGCCGCCGCCCCCCCGGCCUCGGGUCCCCCGGCGCCCCCAGCCCCGGUGCCCAAGCCCCCGCUGUCGGCCGACCUCGCCCCCAUACAGACCGCCUUCGACGAACUCCACCGCGUGUGUCUCGAGCGAGCACACAACACACAAAUCAAGAGGAAGCUGGAGGACGUGCAGCGGCGGCUGGAGACGCUCUACGAUAUAUUACGCGAGAACAAGCUGUCCCCGUCAGCGCUGUCGGCGCUUCACACGAGCGCAGCGCUGGCCGGUCGCGGGGAGGCGUCCAGCGCGCUGCAGGCGUGCUCGGAGCUGGCGGCCGGCAGUGACUUCGCCGCGGCCGCGUCCUUCCUCCCCGGACUGAAGAUGUUGUUCCUCCUGGCGGACCAGCUGCGGUAGUCACACUCCAGCCCACCCCGCUGAACCAUCCGUCACCCGUCAGUCAGUGUAUUAUAUGUUAUAUAAAGUAGCAUAUGAUCGCUGCAACAGAUGAUUUUCUCAUGAGUAUCUUUCCGACUGUAUUCCUCACGUUUGUCGGCCGUGCCCGUGUCCAGUAGACUCCAAAGCCUCGGCCGACGCAUACCGUUGCGUAUCUCUGAGUUCCUCGCCGUAGCGGCGGAUCAAAUUCUUUACAUUUACUGAUCGUUAUCUUUAUUAAUUUUAAUCUUUAAUGACUUUAUUUCAUUGUGUUCGUACGCUCGUGUACAUGCUUCAUGUGUGAUCUAUUAACUAUUUCUCGACAAUCAAUAUUUUAUAUAAAAUUACACAGCGAGGCCGUUCGUUAAAUUUUAUUUAAAUUAAUAUAUAAAUGUUUUUAUUGUAGACGCUGUAAGUUUCAGUAAUAUUAUUUCUCUUUAUAUAAUAUGAAUAACAAUAUUCCUCAUACUUGUAUUAUAUUAUAAUACUAUCGAGUUAUUUAGAAUAAUUAGAGUUUUAUUAACAUUUAUAUGAAUAAACAAAUAUACGAAACGUACUUAUACAA